UUCAGUUCGGUCCCUGGAAAAAUAAAAAAGGUACUAAUUUAAUACUUUCUGUACACACACACACACACACACACACACACACACACACACACACACACACACACACACACACACACACACACACACGAGGAGUAGUUGAAUAACAUAUCAAGCGAAAUGAAAAAGUGUGUGAGGACAGCUAUACAAGAACAAUUGUUCUAGUUUACUGAGUUUGACCAAAUCGGUCUUGAUUUUAUGCCUGUAGCUCACAGCUGCACAAGAUCUGAGAAGGGACGAAGUAAUCUCCAUGCUGCCCUCUGCAAUACUUGGCAAAGAGGAGACCAAACAUUGUUAAUGCAAGCUUUCCUUUUCGAUGUCUAUGCUUACCUAAAUCUUAUUUUGCUUUAAAAUAUAAAAAAUUGAAAAAAGAAAAAAAGAUUUUCGAUGGCGCCAUUUCCACACUUUCUUUUACAGUUUGUUGUUUUGUUGUAAUUCUAUUGUUAUAAUUUAUGACACCAUGAAAUAAGAAUCUCAAUGUCAACGUUUUAUUUUAAUAUUUGUAUUUGUUUUUUUGCAUUUACACAGUACAUUGCAAUAUGAUGGUCUAUUCUGUGUGGUUGAAUUGAACUAAAAUGAAAUUGAAUAACAGAAUGCCUUAAAGGCUGAUAUCUAACAUGUCUGAAAUUAAAACUUUAAUUUCAUACUGGAUCUUGCUAUCAGUUCAAGCUUUUUCGUUCCCUGUUUUACAACCAAUUAAUCCACAGAAGGGCACAUGUUGGUAGGGCUGUGCGAUGAGGGAUUUUUUAUUCACAAAAUACCAUAUAUAUCUCGAUACUUUUAAAUCUCAUCUGAAGGACCCCAUCAUUUAUUAUAUAGGCCUACUGUAUUAUAAACCCAAAUACUUGGGUUUGUAUAUUAUUAUAUAUUAUCAUCACACAACGUGACGCAAAAGGAACACUGGAACAGAAACAAGGUUGAAACAAAGCUGGCUCAAAUCCUCAGGUUCUGUCCCUUCCCGUUUACUCACUGUUGGUUGGUAUGCCAUAAAAACUAAGUGAUGAUUUUGUAUUGCUGUUGUUAGAACAGCCGUAGAUUACACAACAAAUUAUGAGUUGUGCAAAAAGUACCGCUGGCAAGGGGGCCAUACUGCCCCCGCGAAUGUGAUGGCGUUUAUAGAACCAGGCAUUAAAGGUCUCGUGCGAUAAAGACAGUUAAACCCAGUACUUCCAAAGUUAGAGGUCUCGUGCAAUAAAGACGGUUAAAUACCCUGUACUUCCAAAUUUGUCUUUGUGGGUUUUGAGACAGGAGAGAAAAGAGAUAGAAUACAGAAGAAUACAGAAGAAUUUCGAAAAUAUAUUAUUACUAGAAUUAUUAGGUAAGAUCAUUCCCUCCAGUCCCCGUUGACCUCAUUCUUGUCAGGUAUGUGUAUAAAGCCUUGUCAGCCUUAAAAAGCCAAUUCAGAACAAAGAUUCACAAUGCAACGUAACAAAACCGUUGUAGAUAGAAGUUGCAGCAGUGUGAAUUGAACGUUGCAAGUCGUCAUAAGACAGUUGAAUUGCAGUUACAAGGUUUUAGAACACUUUUACUUCAGUGCUGAUGACGUCUUGCCACUCUUGUCAGUCAAGGCCAGCAGAGGCUUCACGAUAUUAUUAGGAGAGUAGGAGAAAAUAAUUAUCCACUUUGCGUAAGGAACGCUACUGUUUGCAAAAACAUCAGUCGCGUAACAAGUAUGCUACAGCUUUAUUGGUUAACGUUACCAGCAAGCUAGUGAGUAAAAACCAGUGGUAUAGUAAAGGUGUCGUUAUGGAAACGGUGGUGAUGUUGAUAGAAGUUGCAUGGGUGUGAACCCUGUUGCAUGUAUUUUCAUCGCAAAUCUUUGGUCUGAAGCCCGCAUUUGCAUCACAAAUCUUUGUUCUGAAGCCUGCUAUAAGACAGUUUAUGGCUAGAUUGUAUUGAAACCUCAAUCACACGUUAAAAUGUGAAACAUUUUAUUUCACAGGAUGAGUGAGGAAAAACAGUUACGGGCAAGGCAGUACCUCCGUUCAUGGAGAUCUGCUAAACAAGUGAUGAAUAAGAUAGCUGAAAGCACUGCCAGUGUUUGUGUCACAGAACACCAUGUGGCUGAUGCCAGCUUGUCCAGCAGUCCAUCCGGUGUUCUUGCGCCUGUUGGUGACAUGGACAACUCCUUGGACUUGGAUGAGUCAUUUGAGGAUCGUUCUGCUUUGGAGGAUGACCUCGAUGACUGGAUGGAUGUUGAUCCCUCUGAUGAUGAGGAGGAAGAGGUUUUUGGGGAUGACCUGGAGGCGUCCGACCAGCGUCCGGCAUCGCUCGCAUCUGACCUCGCUAGCUGGGCUUGCCAGUUUCAGGUGAAACACAAUGCUGUUGAUGACCUUUUGAAAGUUUUGAGAGGUCACGGACACACUGACCUGCCUUCCACCACCAGGACACUCCUGAAGACACCCAGGGAGGUCAGGAUCACUUCAAAGUCUGGUAUGGAGUAUGUCCAUUUUCCUAUCAAGGACAAAUUGCAACAGACUCUAUUGAGAUACUCAGCAGACCAGGUCCCUGACUGUGUUGACCUUUCCUUCAACGUAGAUGGGCUACCUCUGUUUAAGAGCUCAGGAAGAACAAUGUGGCCCAUCCUUUGUGCUGUCCAUUUAGAACCAGUGUCAGUCUUCCCUAUCACCCUGACUUGUGGAGGUUCGAAGCCACAGAAUCUGGAAUUCCUGGAAGACAUGGUGAUGGAUGUCAACAACCUCCUGUCCAGUGGCCUGCAACAUAGGAACAAAACAAUAAAAUUCAACAUUCUAUGUUUUGUGUGCGAUGCUCCUGCAAAGGCCUUUGUGAAGAAUGUAAAACUUUGCACAGGCUAUUAUGGGUGUGACCGGUGUGUGCAGAGGGGUGAGUGGUAUGAGAAGGUUACUUACCAAGACACAGAGGUGGUGGCUCGUAGUGACGAAUCCUUCCGCCAACAGACACAGGGCGAGCAUCAUCAUGGCAGCACCCCGCUUUUGGAUUUACCCAUAAACAUGAUCAGUGCAUUUCCCAUCGAUUACAUGCACCAGGCAUGCUUGGGUGUAAUGAAGAGGCUUCUCUUCAUGUGGUGCAGAGGAGUGAAGGGCCUGAAGAUGUCGGCAACCCAAAUAGAGGUCAGCAGCAGGCUCACCAACCUCCGUCCACACAUCCCUUCCAGCUUCGCUCGCAAACCGAGGGAUCUUAAAGAGCUUGAGAGAUGGAAGGCAACGGAACAUAGGCAGUUUGUUAUAUACAGGAAAGAUUGUGCUGAAGGGGGUCCUUAAAGAUGAAUUUUUCAGCCACUUCAUGACAUUCAGUGUGGCAAUGAACAUACUUGUAAGUCCAGCAUUGGUCGAGCAACACUGGAGAUAUGCUGCUGAUCUCCUCCGAUUCUUUGUUGAGAGAGGCCGAGAACUUUAUGGUAACCAGUUUCUGGUCUACAACGUGCACUCAAUGUUGCACAUUGUGGAGGAUGCCGUGACCUUUGGAGGAUUGGACAAUUGUAGCGCUUUUAAAUUUGAAAAUUGUCUCAAGAAAAUAAAGAGGAUGGUAAGGAGUGGAAGAUGCCCCCUGUCACAAGUGGUGAAAAGGCUUGAGGAAUGCGCAGGACAGCCAAUGGAGCAUGGUAGGCAGAGGUCCAAUUCUUCUUUUAUUUUGAAUCGCCGCGAAUGCUGCAAGGUCAUAGAGGAGAGGGAUGGAAGCCAGCUUUGCCGUGUAUACCAGCACCCAGAACCACUUUUCAGUGUCCCUUGUGACUCCACAUUAAUCGGAGUACUGAAGUACAAGAACAAUGACACCGUUUUGAGAUGGAUCCAAAAAGACAACCUCAAAAGAAAGGCAAUCAAGAUUCCUGUAGGGGAAAAAAUCCUCUUCAUGGCCAUUCUUCAUGACAUUGCAGUAUGUUGUCAUUUGCUCAGUGUAUUAUCAUUGCAAUUUCUUGUACAGACACAAUAAUUCUUUACUGUAUUAAAUCAACCUCUCUGUUCUUGAUUACAGAAUGUAUAGCAUCGUCGAAUUUUUGGGGGAAAGGACUGUUGGCAUAGUGGCCAGUAAUUGGAUUAUAAAAGAGGGAGAUGCAAGUACAUGCGAAAAACCUUUAUGUCAAUCAUGUCAAAAAUUCUAUGCAAGUUCUGCAAAACUAUUUUGUUUUCCAUUUCAGAAGACAUGCAGCUACUGGCCACUCCACAAGCCCACACAGAGGGCAAAGGACAAAGAUUUGCCCGAUCCUAAAACCUGGCUAAAAAGGCCAAUAAAAAUAUUUCCCUCAACAGGUGUGUUAAUGGGCGACAAAUAACAAGUGGUGAUAUGCAACACAUUUAAAAGAGUGUAAUUUCUAAUUGUUUUGGCCCACCUUACUGUUUAGAUGAUUGGGAUCAGGCCGUCAGGAGGAACAAGAGGGCGGAGACAAAGUCCUGUGUGGAGACAGGAAAUGAGGACAAAGGGAGGCGCAUCAUAGUCAAACCCCAAAAAUGU